AUGUCUUCCGCAGCAGCAGCUCGGCAACGUCUUCAGGCCCUCAGUAAGCAGCUGGUCGAGGGUAUUCCCGACGAGGGUAGCUUUGAAGGAAUCCCCAGAAUUCGCCAUGUUGCUUCAGACUCGGCUGGACCCCGGACCAAGGACAAGGUCGUAAUUGUAACCGGAGCAAACUCACCUAAUGGCAUCGGCCGCGCAAGUGCCCACCAAUUCGCAAACAACGGCGCCAAAGCCGUCUAUAUCUGCGAUUAUAACGACUCGCACCUUGCCACGCAUAAGCGGGAGAUGGAGUCUCUCUACCCCGGCGUCGAUGUCCAUGUUCGGCAAUUCGAUGCUGGUGAAGAAAAGGCCGUUAUAGCAGUCAUUGAUGAUGCGAUAGCCAAGUAUGGCCGGCUAGAUAUUUUCUUUGCCAAUGCAGGCAUUGUCGGUCAACCCAAGAUCUUCACUGAGAUUGAUGGUGACGGGUUCAUGAAGACGAUGCGAACGAAUGCCCUUGGUGUCUUCCUAGCUGCAAAGCACGCUGCCCCGGCUAUGAAGGUGACCUCCGAGGCCAAGCCAUACCCCAGCGGCUCCAUCAUCUGCACUGCCUCAGUUGCAGGACUCCGCUCCAAUGCCGGUUCAACCGAUUACUCUGCCUCCAAGGCCGCGGUCGUAUCCAUUGCCCAAACUGUCUCCUACCAGCUUGCCGGUACGGGUAUCCGCAUCAACGCUAUCUGCCCCGGCCUCAUUGAGACGGGUAUGACGCAGGCAGUCUUUGACAGUGCCCGUAAGCGUGGCACCGAGCGCAAGAUUGGCCAGCUGAACCCCCUGCAGCGCGGUGCUGUUGCUGAUGAGGUUGCUCGUGUGGCAUUGUUCCUCGGCAGUGAUGAGAGCAGCUAUGUCAAUGGGCAGGCGUGGGCUGUCUGCGGUGGCUUGAGUGCUGGACAUCCGGUGGUUCCUGGAAAGCUUGCAUAA